AGCUGGGCGUGUCGCUCAGGUGCGCGUUUCAACACUCCGCUCCCACCACUUCCCGCGAACGGCCACCCGCGACGGGGACAAGAGGGGGAGAGAAACGGUGAAAUAUGUCGGUCGGUGCUUACAGAGCUCGCUGAGGGGGCAACCAUAGUUAAAGCCAGGAGGACUUCUCCUUGCUGACGACGUCUUACAAAGACCAGCAGUCCUGUAGCCACACAUCACCCGUUCAAGACAAAUCAAUUCCCAAAAGCAAAUCUUAGGCCAUGACUGCAUAUCACAGCUCUUGACACCUUGUAUACAAAUGAUGCAGUCAGGAAGUCCUCCACCUCCUGCUCUCCCACCCCCACCGCCUCCACCACCACCACCACCACCACCUCCUCCACCACCUCCACCGCCACCCCAAGCCCCCGGCCUGCCCCAUGGCACCAACUUAUUGUUCAAAGGAGGACACCGGCGGUCCACCAUGCGGAAUUUCAACUGGGACACCAUCCCCAAAAACAGUGUAAUAGGCAAGCACAACAUCUGGACAGCAGAGAGGACACAGGGGGAAUAUGAGCUGGACACUGAUCACAUGGAGGAGCUGUUUAGCCACAGCAGGCAGGGGAAUGGGAAUCAACCCCACAAGGCUCUCAACCGGUACAGUCUGAGGGGCCCUCCAGGUGCUGCCCCGGGGGCUGAAGUGGUAUCCAUUCUCAAUUGUAAGAGGAGCAUGAACAUUGGGAUCUUCCUAAAGCAAUUCAAGCGGCCUGUGGGGGAUAUGAUCCAAGACAUUAGUUCAGGAAGUGGACUCAACUUUGGUACUGGGAAAUUGAGAGAACUGUGCAAGCUGCUUCCAGAUGAACAUGAGGUUGUGCAGCUGGUCAAGUUUGAUGGCGACCAGUCAGCUCUUCCUGAGGCAGAUCAGUUUAUGCUGAUGCUGGUCAAGAUACCCAGCUAUGAAGAACGUCUCAACAGCUUAGUGCUCAAAGAGGAGUUUCACCCCCUCAUGGAUGAACUAAACCAAUCCGUUGCCAUUUUGACAAAUGCUGGAAAAGAGCUUCUGGAGUGCGAUAAUCUGCAUUCUGUCGUUCGCCUGGUGUUGAAGACAGGAAAUUACAUGAAUGCUGGUGGCUAUGCUGGCAAUGCCAUUGGCUUUCGAAUGUCAUCCCUUUUGAAGUUAAUAGAUACCAAAGCAAACCAGCCUGGCAUGAACCUCAUGCAUUACGUUGUCAUGCAAGCUCAGAAGGCUAAUGAGGACCUGCUUAAAUUUCCUGAACAACUUAAACACAUUGGUGCUGCAGCCAGGAUACAUAAAGAUGAAAUUGAAUCUGAGUUCGAGAAUGAGGUGAAGAAUGUACAGAAUGCCAAAAUGGAUGCCAGAAAACAGGAAGAUCUGAAGGCACAGAUGGAGGAUUUUCUAAAGGAGGCUGAUGACUGCCUUUCACAAACUGAGACGUCUCUUCAAAUACUGAACUCAGUGAGCGAUUCUGUGGCAGAUUACUUCUGUGAGGACUGCACCAAAUUCAGAUUGGAGGAGUGCUGCUCCAUUUUCAACUCCUUCUGUGAGAGGUUUAUGCGGGCCAUCCAGGAAAAUAGGAAUCGAGAGAUGGCAGAGUUGAAAAGGAGACAAAGAGAGAAACUGGAGAUGGCUGCCAAGCGCCGGUCUACAGCCACUUGCUCCAUAAGGGAUAAAGAAAUGAAUGGUGUAGAACUUGAGUCCAUGCUGAAGAACAUCCUCACCAGCCGUGUGCCCAGGAGAGUUGGAAGGUUUGGAAAGGCCUCCUCUGCCCAUGGGAGCCCCACCACUGGCAGCCCCAACAAUGGGAGUUUAUUAGAGAUCACUUCUCAAGAAAACCUUCCCACACGAGAUCGCAGCAAUAGUGACUCCAUCAGGCUCAAGGAGGCAUGGAACUCAGCUAUUGACUUGAAAGGAAACUCCCACCAAGACACCCUCUCUAAAAUUAAGAAAAGCAAGGAAAACAGUGGGUUUCCACAAGCUGAGGAGGUGAAAACUCUCAUAAAAUCAGACAGUGUUUUUACCAAGCCAGCUGGUAGGAUCAGCAGCAGUAGUUCAUCAGGCUGUCUUUUCUCAGCUAAUGUCAAGGAUGGCUUGGAAAGACUAGAAGACAACAAUGAGGAGGAAGCCCAAAAAUUGCGUGAAGCAUCCAAGAAAGUUUUACACUAUCAGAACAGUCGAGGCAGUGUUUCCUCAGCAGACCAUGAUCUGGAUAACCAAAAAUCUCCCGGUGUACUCAGUGCCUCACCACGCCAGUGUACUUUUGACCAGGGUGCACAGAGACCUAUUGGCUCACCAAACAGUGAGGAUGAGGCUGAAUUUACAUCCAGUAUUCAGUUUCCCUUUAAGGAUAAAAUGAGUCGCCGUCAUACUUAUAGUUUCCCUUCCAAAGCUACAGCGAGUGAGGCAGAUAAUGAUGAACUAUGGGCACUGCCUCCUGACAGAGCCCCCAAACCUACUUUGAGAAAUAUAGGUAAGAUGAAAUCAGAGGAUGGUUAUACAUUUUCCACAAAACAAAGAGAGUUUGACCUCCCUCACAACAGCCAAAAGUGUUGUGUCCAGGACCAGAGUUCCCCAUCAGCAGAGAAGAAAAGCAAGCCAAAUGUUCCCAAACCCAAUGAGGAGCUUUGUGAGCCAAACCAAGAAGGUGCCAAAAUUGAGUCCACACCUGACCAUCAUCAGCAGAAAACCCAAACUACCCCUCCUAAGAGUCCAUGGCUUAAGACUGACAACUCUGCAUUUUUUAACUUUUUCAAGCGCCUUGGAGACUUAAGCAAAAUGCCAAACAGAGGGGAAACUACUCGAAAGGGCACAGAUUCUAUCGUAUAGGCCUAUAACUGAAAGUAUGGCCAACCCACAAGAGAUAGAUAAUGAUUUCUCUCAUAGCAAAAAUAGAAAAUACCUCUUAAUUUAUUUGACCAUUUUUUAACUUAUUUGUAGACUCAUUGGUUUUAAUACUGGGGAAAAAUGGGUUUCGUUGCAGUUCUACCAGUAGGUGGCAGAAUGUGACAAGACACAGGAUUAACUCAGGAAGCAAAUCACAUCAAUUUUGCAAGUAUCUAUGUUGUCAAUUAAACAACUAAGACAGGAAUUCUUACUGUCAAACUGAGUGGAUACUUUCUUAAGCUUGACCUGAUAUUAGGAGAAUCCAAUAAUUGUUUUCAUGGAUUGGAUUAGUACUUUGAGUGUCUGUCCUCUGUCCAGGUUAAUAUCUGAGAUGCUCUGCUCAAGAGUAUGUGUCAUCGGGAUGGUUAGCGAAGACUGUUAACGAUAAAUCUGAGGGGCAGCCACAUCAAACUGUAUCAUAUUUUAGUCUUGAUUUGAUUGUUAUAUUUGAUAUUUAGUACAAUGGCUUUUUUUUUUGUUUCACGAUGAUAGAUAUUCUUUUGUUUCCCCAUCUCUUUUGUAUUCCUAGAAGGGCGUCAGAAAUGCAGAGGGUUGUGGGUGCUUUUCAUUGUCUUACUCAAUUCAACUAUUGUAUUGGGCUUAAAUGGGUCAGUGUUACAAAAGCAGCCUGUCUGAGUAGAACUGAACCGCUGCAGCUCCAUGGCAAAAUGUACAGGACUGUUUUCACUAUUCUGAGCAGAAGUACCAGGCCUCCUACAUGUGCCCCCACUAAGCUGCCUAUGGCACUGCCAGACAGCAGUCUAUCAGCCCGGCUCAGACACUGGGGCUGGGUGAGGGAUUAACAUGCCAAUGCAUCUACUGUAGGAGUUCUCUAUUUCAGUUAAACUACGGUGCUCUCCAGGCAGUUUGCAGCAGAACUACCAUAAAUGGCAACUCAAAUUUAGGUAUUGCUCACCCUGAGCGUAUGAAAGUGCUCUGCUUUUGUUUAGUUGUGUUUUUCCCCUGCUCUCUUGAGUGCUGUUUGUAUCUGAACACUGAAGUCUAAACAAAAUGUAUCUCUCUUGUGAAAUAUAUCUGGGGCUUGAGAUUUCCAGCCUCUGCAGUCAUUAAAAAAGAAAAGAAAAAGAAAACCCCAGAAAAAGCUUAUAAACAAGUUGUCUGAAUGGUCUCUGUUGAUUACAUAAACUAUGAUUGGAGAAUAAAUAGAUGUUGAAGAGUAUAAAAACUGAAAUAUGCCAAGGAGGGCUUACACACACUGGUAGUGGAUCAUUCAUUCUAUGACAUAUUUGAGAUGAGACAAUCAACAGCACAAAUGUUUUUUUACACAGCUCUGCAAUAUUUAUGCAA